AUGACCCAAGAAGACGACGACGCUCACCAACUCCCCUCAGAUUGGUUCUCCGCAUUUACAAACCAUAAUGUAACACCUACAUCGCCAGAUACACCCACCAAAUACCCCUACCAACUCGAUUUUCUAAAAGUCGAAGGUCUUCCUACACCGCGUGGAUCGCUGCACGGGGAUCUUGAACUUCGUGUCUCCUUUUUUGAUUUUGCGCAAGGCGCAUUUUUUGGGAGGACUUGGGGUGGGGGUCCUUGUGACCUGAGUGGGAAGAGUGGGGGAGGUGAGGAUGGAUCGGAUACCGAAGACGCUGUGGUUCAUUCCCAAAUCGGACAUUGGGUGACGAUUCAUUUCAAAAAUCAGUGCGUUUAUUUUCAUACACCCAUCACAAGUCCGGAUGUUGUCGUUGUAGUUGAGUUUGUAUUUCAGGGAACCGAUGAAAGGGAAGAAAGUAUCGGAGGGGGAUGGACCUUUUUUCAUUGUUUCGAUCCCGAACGAGGUGGAUUGAGUCUUUCCGAAGUAUGGGAUGUGGCCGACGACACUUCUGAGACUGAUGACACGCACAUUAUUCCUAUCUACACUGGCACGCCGCGCAUUCUCCCUUUUCUUUCAUCGGUCGACACUCCACCUACCCUCCCCGGUGCAGCACUCACUUUUGCGUUCACUCCCCGUUCUGAUUUGAGGGGCGUUGCGCAUCUUUGGAAGGAGAAUGUGUUUGUGGGGGAGGGGGAUCGGGUGCCGGGAGUCAAGAUGAGGGAAGGGAGAGUGAGAGGUGUAAGAAUGAAUACCGGAUUUGUUUCCGAGAUUCGAGUUUAUUUCCACCCUACCCUUCAUCAAUACGAUGCUGAGCUCCUCCAUGCCCUGACGCACAUGCCGACCCUCCACCCACACCUCCACCCAACUCACAAACCCACCAUCCUCGAACGCCGCCUUCACAUUGGCUUCCAUAAUACUCAUACCUUCCUCAAUCCGACCACUGCGCCGCUCGAAACACCAGACAAUGAUACUGGGCUUGAACUCGUUUAUACGGGUACGUUGGGUCUCCAGUACUUACAUGACCCACGUGUGGCAUUGGUAGUAGGUGUCGAGUACAAGGUGUUUGUACCAACCGUCAAAGAGCCACCUGGAUUCUUGGAGCGGGUGUUAUUGGGACGAAGGGAGGUGCAUGGUAUGCGAGGGGUUGAGAAGGUGGUGAUGGUGGGAUGGAUGGCGUGGGUUCCUUCUCGACAUAGUGGUGAACAGGCUCGUAUGAUUCCACUUCACACAAAGUCGGGUCCGAAUCCAUUUGGGCGACCCAUGUACAAGGCUCAAGGACAGACGCCGUUGUUGGUUUCCUUUGUGUUUCACGAGAAGGAAAAAAGGAGGGAUAAAGGCGAGACUCUGCAGACGACGACGCAUCCACAUGUCGUUCCACCCCCCGAGACCAAACCCACACCUCACCUGGUCGACGCUGUUACAUCUCCCCUUGCCCUCAGCGACGCCGACCCCGACGCAGAUAUUCCGGCUCCACCCCCACGUUCCCGCACCCGCACGCCCGCUCCCGCUCCGUCUCGUCCCCCCUCCACUCACCAGCCCCUCACCCGCCUCGAACGUGCUCGCAUCCACGAAGCUGGAUUCCCACCUACACUCGACGAUCAAGGCCGAAAAGCCGCCAUAGUGUCGUUGGACGAGCGGGUGGAUUUGGAUGCUGAAAAUCAGGAUUUACGUGGUUGUGAAAUUGGGCUCUCGUUUUUGGGUGUCAUGUUUUACGAUGAGUUGGACACGCCUACGCCGCAUACAUUGCGACUUACCUAUCAGUUCUACACAUUUGCCCCGCACACCACACCUCCCCUCCGAAUCUACACGGGACCGCUGCCCGCCGCUAAACACCAGCGAAGCGCGUCCGCCAAAAGCCAACAGGCGGAGGAAACCAUGUGGCCGGGGAUAUUCUGGGCGGGUGGUGAAGACGGGACAUAUGCCCACCCACCCGGUCAUACAACCAUCUAUCCCAUCCAUCCUACCACGGACCCCGCUCUUCCGAUCGGUACCUACACACCGACCACCAGCCCCGUUGCACUCUACAUGUCGACCACCUCUCUUGAUAUUGACCUCUGGGAUGCAUCCACACUUUUGCACGUCGGUCGAACCCGAGUGCCUCUCCAACAUGCGCUACGACGGGGACGCAGUGGAGUAUAUGCAGAUUUGGAGGUGGAUGUUGUUAACGCGGGGGUUGCGAAGGGGACUGUUGUUGGGAGGUUAUAUGUUCGAGUUACGAAUGUUGUGAGAGGAGCGAGUGCGGUAGAGGCGCUUGUAAAAGAUGUCAGAAACCCGUACGGCGUAGAGAAAAUGUGUUUAGUGGAUUGGAUAUUGAGACGGAGUCGGGAGCAUGUGGUGCAGGUUCCUUUCAAAUUAUCGGAUAUCGACGCUGAGCUCUCUGCUCUCCUUCGUGCGACGCAUCAAGAGCGCUUACACCUAACCGCAUCUCGUCGGGACAAGGAACUCAACAUGGUUCACGAACAGCAACGUAAGAUGGAUCGUGUCAAACGUGUCAAGAUGGGGUCUGAGGAUGGAUUCAAGGUACGCUUUCAAGCACGCUAA